CAAACGUUAAGGUACAUACUUGGAUUAAACGCUACUAACAAAGCAUUUAAAUAUUGGGAUCGCAAAAAAGUUGACUACCAAACGCUAUGAACAAAUAUCUAUUAUCAUUACUAUUGAUGGUUAAUCUAGCAGGAUGGUGCUCUACCAAUACCAUACAAAAUAUUGAUGUCAAUUUGGAAAAUAAAAUCUGUCGUCCAACCGUUACGCAGGUGCCAAAAUCAGUUGGUGGUCCCUAUUGUCGUGAUGAUUUAAUAUUUUCAGAUAAUUUUGAUACACUCAAUACAAAAUAUUGGACAAAUGAAAUACGUUUUCCUCCCAUAACUGAUGAUGCUGAAUUUGUUUUGUACAAUGGUUCGUUGGCAGUGGAGGGUGGUGUCUUGAAAAUUGAGGCCCACCUAAAUGAUCAUCAUUUGAGAAAGGAUAGCAUCGAUUUGGGUGAAAGAUGUACCAGUGUCAAUGUCGAAAGAGAAUGUUCUCUUACGCCCAGAGGUGUUUUUAUUUUACCACCCGUUAUUUCCGGCCGUCUAAGCACUAAAAAUUAUUUCAAUUUCAAAUAUGGCCGCAUUGAAGUUAGAGCAAAAUUACCCAUAGGCGACUGGCUGUUUCCCUUAAUAUCUUUAGAACCCUCUGCGUCCACCUAUGGCGCACAUUAUAAAUCGGGUGAAAUGCGCAUUGCAUAUGCACGCGGCAAUAACAAUUUAAUGUGGCAAAAUAAAAACAUCAAUGGGGCUCGAUUAUAUGGCGGUGCCAUUGUUAAUAAAUAUGCCGAAAUGAGACAUCAGUACAUGAAUGAUACAACCUUGCCGAAUGUUAAUCAUUUUGGUGAUGAAUUUCAUGUGUAUACCUUGACAUGGAAACCCCAUAAAUUGAUAUUGACGGUGGAUGGUAAUGAAUAUGGAAGUAUUGAAACUAAUUUUAAGCAGCGCAUUAAUGAGCCAAUAUGGAAUAACGGUGAAGACAAUGCACCAUUUGAUCAAAUGUUUUAUAUUACUUUGGGCUUAGCAGCUGGCGGUGAAGGCGACUUCCCCAACACCGAUGGUAAACCUUGGAUUAACACAGAUCCACGCGCCAGCUGGAAUUUCUAUAAAACUCGCAGUACUUGGUAUCCCACAUGGUCGCAACCCUCAUUAGAAGUGGACUAUGUAAGAGUAUAUGCCGGUACAUACGUGUAUGUAUUGGGAUCGCAAAAAAGUAUACUACCAAACGCUAUGCACAAAAAUCUAUUAUCCAUAAUAUUGAUGGUUAAUCUAGCAGGAUGGGGCUGUACCAAUACCAUACAAAAUAUUGAUGUCAAUUUGGAAAAUAAAAUCUGUCGUCCAACCGUUACGCAGGUGCCAAAAUCAUUUGGUGGUCCCUUUUGUGCUGAUGAUUUAAUAUUUUCAGAUAAUUUUGAUACACUCAAUACAAAAUAUUGGACAAAUGAAAUACGUUUCCCUCCCACAAUUGCUGAUGCUGAAUUUGUUUUGUACAAUGGAUCGUUGGCAGUGGAGGGUGGUCUCUUGAAAAUAGAGGCCCACUUAAAUAAUCAAAAUUUGAAAAAGGAUACUAUCGAUUUGGGUGCAAGAUGUACCAGUACCAGGGUCGAAAGUGAAUGUUUUCUUACGCCCAGAGGAAUUUUAAUUUUACCACCUGUUAUUUCCGGCCGUCUAAGCACUAAAAAUUAUUUCAAUUUCAAAUAUGGCCGCAUUGAAGUUAGAGCAAAAUUACCCAUAGGCGACUGGCUGUUUCCCUUGAUAUCUUUAGAACCCUCUGUACCCACCUAUGGCGACCAUUAUAAAUCUGGUGAAAUGCGCAUUGCAUAUGCACGCGGCAAUCACAAUUUAAUGUGGCAAAAUAAAAACAUCAAUGGGGCUCGAUUAUAUGGCGGUGCCAUUGUUAAUAAAGAUGCCGAAUUGAGACAUCAGUAUAUGAAGAAUACAACACUGCCGAAUGUUAAUCAUUUUGGCGAUGAAUUUCAUGUGUAUACCUUGACAUGGAAACCCGAUCAAUUGAUAUUGAUGGUGGAUGGUAAUGAAUAUGGUCGUAUUGAAACUAAUUUUAAGAAGCGCAUUAAUGAGCCAAUAUGGAGUAAUGGCGAAGACAAUGCACCGUUUGAUCAAAUGUUUUAUAUUACUUUGGGCUUAGCAGCUGGCGGUUAUGGCGACUUCCCCAAUACCGAUGGUAAACCUUGGAUUAACACAGAUCCACGCGCAAGCUGGAAUUUCUAUAAAACUCGCAGUACUUGGUACCCCACAUGGUCGCAACCCUCAUUAGAAGUGGACUAUGUAAGAGUAUAUGCCGUUUAAUUUAUAGUAAGCGUAAUACUUAAAAUUUGCAAUACACAAUUAUUAAAUACAAUUUUUUUAAUUUGAACAUAAUUUUAAUGGCAUUUUUAUAAAUAUAAAAAAACUUUACAAUUAUUUUAGAAAAGCUACUAUGCAUUAAAUUUAUAUAUUUUAUGUACUAAAUAUAUUAGUAAUAAUAAAUAA